CACGCAACCUGAAGCACUCAGACAAAGAUCUGAACUUUCAUGAAUUACGCCUUUCAAUACAUAAGUCACUCGCAUUGAUUGCGCAUACCAGCAUAGCAAACGACAACCUGCAUUAUCCAUCGAUCCGCAACCCCGCCUCGAGCAGCAGUCACUGUGCCCGCACCUUACAGCACCGCCAAAUAAAUCACAACCAUGUCGAACCCCGCAGCAAAGCGCCUCUUCAAAGAGUACAAAUCGCUCUCUUCCGACCCACCGGAGGGAAUCACAGCCGGCCCCGUAACCGAGGAUGACAUGUUCCUGUGGGAAGCGUUAAUCCAAGGGCCAGAGGGCACACCGUUUGAAGGCGGCGUGUUUCCCGCGGAGCUCAAGUUUCCGAAGGACUAUCCGCUUGCGCCGCCUAAGAUGAAGUUUUUGACAGAUAUGUGGCAUCCCAACGUGUAUAACAACGGCGAAGUAUGCAUAUCGAUCCUGCACCCGCCCGGCGACGACCCGCUCCAGUACGAGCAAGCGUCCGAGCGGUGGUCGCCGAUCCAAAGCGUAGAGAAGAUCCUCAUCAGCGUGAUGAGCAUGCUGGCUGAGCCGAACGACGAGAGCCCGGCGAACAUCGAUGCGGCGAAGAUGUGGAGGAACAAGAGGGAGGAGUAUGAGAAGGUUGUGCAGCAGAAUGUCAAGAAGAGCUUGGGUCUGUAGUAGGCUGAAGACCUCUGGUGCUGGGAAGAUAGAUUACGAUUUACGAGCAUAGCAUGGGCGGUGUUUGGGAUAUCAGCAAUAGGAUAGUGGCGCGUAAUGUGAAAGAGAUAUACCAUGCGUCGCUCCCUAAACUAUUCCUGCCAUCUCUGCAGUCGGUGAUGCUAGACCACUUCAAUGUCUGACGCCUCGCCCCAAGCGUUAUACCCAACGCCUCGGAAGUUCCACUCAACGCUCUUCUGCUGAGUCUGCCCGCUGCUGUCCGUUGCUUUGCUGUAGAUUGUCACGUCCUUGCACUUCUCAACCUUGACCUUCGCCUUCCACAAGGCCCAAGCCCACUUCAGAUCUGCGUCCUUGUAAUCGUGACUCUGGUCCAGCUCUGCAUCCACCC